AUGCAAAAACAUAUCGCAGUCCGGCCGAGAGCGAAUAGCGAACGUCCGCCAGACCUGCAGCUGGGCGAGAGCACCCCGCCGUGCGUGAGGCAAACCGCGCGAGCAAUCGUCCGAAUGCGCGCGCUCUCCAGCGAAGCAAAGCGAGCGGUGGCACGUUUGACACCCUGCGCUCGCGCUCGCGCGCGGAUGGGCGUCUUGACCAGCGACGCAGCACACCGUGCGGACGGAGCGUCGAAUCGUAGGUCUGUAGGGGCCGUGUCCCUCGCCGGAGUGCGCCCGGCGCGGAUCCAGGGACCGGACGAGGAGAGGAGCGCAGAGCGGGCUUCCCCGCCGUUUCCGCAGAACCACACGCGAGGGUCGAGGACAGACGGGGGGGCGGGGGGAGGUUCGCGUACGGUCUGCACGACAGGGGCGGAACCACGGCGUCCGCGUCGGUGGGCGUCUGCGCCAGGUAUGCUCGCGCUGCGCACUGCGCGGAGACGGGGCGGGGCGUGCGAUGCGAGGUCCAGAGCAGCGGCAACGCUCUGCCCGCGAUCGCGGGCGAUGCUCGCAGUCAAUCGCGGGCGAUUCUCGCACCUCGACGGGUGCGUCGCCGCGGGCCUGCGUCGUUCGAGUCGUCGUUAA